AUGUUAAUAAGAUACCCAAAAGGCAAAAGUUCCCUUUCAUUAUAUACUCCGACUACUGUUUCUAGAACUCUUAGACGAGUUUAUAGUGCGAGUAGAUCACAAUUGUCUCCUUUACCUGAGAAUGAGGUUCCGAAGUUAAAAGCUGUAGAUACUGAUCAAUUGCCAGACGCUGAUUUAGGUAAUUUCGAUUCACCUCGUGUAGGAGUCCUUCUUCAAAAAACGACUCGCUCUCUACAAUUACCAAAAUUACCACCAAUACCUAAGCCAAAUGAUUCACAAUUUAAAUCAAUACUUCUAAAGAAACUGGACUUAUGCAAACAGUUGUGCGAUUUCGAAAAUCCUUGCAACGAUCGCCAAGCAAAAGAUAUUAAGAAACAUACACUCAUCGAAAUUAAUAACUCGUUCACUACUCUUGGGUUAAACUCGAUAUCAGAUGAUGAAAUAAAGGAUACAAUCCUUGAUGUAAUCAAAAUCAAUUUACUUAGACCUUUGAACAAACUUGAUGAACUUACUUUAUUUAAUCCUGAUGUUGGUGCAUUCAAAGAAUUCGAUUUUGAGCACAUGGAAUAUAUUUAUCGCAUGUUAAAUACAUUGUAUCGUGAUAUGCCAAAAUACAAAGGCUUUAACAUAGAUCUUCUGGUUCAGUUACUACCAGUAUUGAGUUCAAAAGAUAAAAGAGAAAGAGAAUUGAUAAUUCAAUUUUACGUCAAUGUUCUUACUGCGAAACCAAAACUAUUUCCUGAGAUAUUCCCCAAACUUAUUCGUAUUCUUAUCUCUGAUUACUUCGACCCUGAUCCAUGUGGCAUUUACUCUGCUCUUUCAAUAAUUUAUUCAUGUCAGCAGUCGAAUAACAAUUUGAAAGACAUUAUUAAGCCCUAUUACCAUAGCCAUUUCUUGCCAUUGAUACGCCAUGAGCAUUUUGGUGUUUUUUAUUUCCCAUUAUUACAAUUGCUGAAAAUGUUCUUUACAAACAACUAUUCCAAUACGAAUGAGUUUGUUCGCCUUAUUAUUAAUAUCUGGCCUAUAUCGAAACCUGCGAAAGAAGAGAUGAUGCUCGAUUUUCUUGUUCAAUCUCUUGAAUUUGCACGAAAUAUCGAUUACAGAUUACUCGGAAGGGCGUUCAAGAUCAUAGGAUCACUUUGUGAUUCACCAUCCUUUAAGGUUGCAGAAAAGGCAAAUAAGAUAAUUAUCUCUCCUGUGUUAAUGGAGCUUAUUUCGCAGGCUUCGACAAAAAUAUUACCAUUUUUACUAGUACACAUUGAGAAUGCACGUAACCAUUGGUCAAAUACUGUAAGAAUUGCUGCAGAAGAUUCAAUGACAUCCAUUUCUAGGCUUAUGGGUCGCUCGGCAAAUAGGAAGAAACAGGAAGACUUGAAUAAUUCCAAAGAAAAACUCAAAUCAUGGGCCUCUAUUGCACGUGCUGCUGCAGUUAGAGAUAGAGAUGUUUAUUUGUCCGAAAAACUCGGUGAGUUGUCCAAACUUUUUACUGAAACUGCACAAAGUACAUCACUGGCACCCAUUGUCAAAGUUUCAAAGUACUCUACGUUUUAG